UCGACGAGGGACGUCAUAAAGUGGCGUGAACAACCCGUUUAAAAUCCCAAUCUUCAAAUAAAAUACUUAAGACGUUUAGUUUAACCAAGCCGCGCUUUAGUCCGAAAUUGACUAUUUUCGCUCAGGCUUCUGGCGGGCCAACUAAAAAAAAAAAAAAACUCGAGCGGGUCCUUCCAGCCGCCUGUCAGUACAUGACCGAGGACGCCUGUCUGGAAUGAUGCGCGUUUUAAAACGUCACCGUCGCAAUUAAUAUCAAAUUUACAUAUGCGAUGUAGAAUUAAUUUACAAAAAAACAAAAAAAUUGCGUGAGCCGACUCAUUUUUUGUUUUGCUGUUUUCUUGCUGCGUGCGCAAUGAGUGUCGAGGCGUGUCCAUUCUGUGGGAAGUCCUACAAAAGGUUAAAGACCCACCUUCCACACUGCAAGGCUGCGCCCAAGUCGUCGUCCGCCCACCAUGACCCCGCCAAGCCUCAAACGCCGGCCAGGCUGGCUGCAGACUUGCCCGAAAAAAAGGGCGCCGAGUCCAACAAGAAGGUGGCGGAGAACAGCGUCACGCUAAAACCGCCCUUAUCGUCUACUUCUAAAAAGAAGAAGGUGUCAUUACCUGCUUCCAAGCCAGAGAAAAAGAGCGCCGAAGCAGCGAAGCCCAGCCAGCGUCAAAGAUCUGCUCAGCCUGAAGCUAAAAGUGCUUCGAAAAAGAAAGCGGUGAAAGAAGUGGAGGGAGUAGACCUCAGCGAGGAAAAGAGAGACUUAUUAGGGAAAGAGAUUCUAAAGGAGUCAGGAAGUGUGUCCAGGAUUACGCUGCAGCAUGUCGGGACCACGUUAGGCCGAGCUAAAAGCAGCAGGCCGACCAUUCCCAUCCAAACAAACGGUCCCGAGUCAAAGAGAAGUAAUGCUAAUGUGUCACGAGCAGCACCCAAACAAGCAUCUUCCGAGGUCACACCAGCCUCGCAGGCGAGCCAGGCCACGCCCCCUCCACACAUCGACGACAGCCUCAACGUGGGCCUGCGUCACAGCGCCCGACUCCCCUCGGCUUCCCUGGUACACUUCCACCGCCUCCCGUCGGAUACUGAAGAUGCGUUAAUGUCCCGGAAAAAGACAGACAAUUCCUCAGGGCGGGGCCUGGGUCAGGUGACCCUGAGGGAGCUUCCCUGUUGGCUGGCCUGCAGGACCCCGAGCCGCCCGAGAGACGUGGUGGAAAUGAUGCAGAGAGGCUGGGGGUGGUACUGCGGGAAGUACUUCCACGUGAGGAAAGGCGGCAUCGGCGGCGUGGCCAUGCUGUUGGCGGGGUACUGUGUGCUCAGCUACGUCUGGUCCUACCCCCAUCUUAGUAGAGCGUGACCGCUGGAGGAAGUACCACUAAUACCGUGAAAAUCCUCUUCGGACAACUUUCCACUGUUGGAUCAUUUUUGAAGUUUGACAUUUACUCCAAAUGUAACUUGAGGACUUAAAAAACGUGUGGUUUGUCUGCAGUACCACGAUCCUCCACUGGGUGUCACUGUUGCCUGGUGUCACCCCAAACAGUGUUGGUGUUGUGUGCACUGAGGUUCUGAAAGGAUUAAAAGGGAACAAUCCAAUUUUUUAUUUUUUUUUAGCUUGAUGCAAUCUGGAAACCCACUUUCUAAACCAGGGGUCGGGAACCUUUUUGGCUGAGGGAGCCAAAAAGCCAAAUAUUUUGAAAUAUACUUCCGUAAGAUAAAUAAUAAAUGGGUUGUACUUGUAUAGCGCUUUUCUACCUUCAAGGUACUCAAAGCGCUUUGACACUACUUCCACAUUCACACACACAUUCAAACACUGAUGGAGGGAGCUGCCAUGCAAGGCCCAAACCAGCACCCAUCAGGAGCAAGGGCGAAGUGUCUUGCUCAGGACACAACAGACGUGACGAGGUUGGUACCAGGUGGGAAUUGAACCAGGGACCCUUGGGUUGCGCACGGCCACUCUUCCACUGCGCCACGCCGUGGAAAAGUCAUAUAAUAUUUUUUUUAACACUGAACACAAACGCGUGCAUUUUUAAGUAAGACCAACAUUUCUAGAGUAUAAUAAGUCUCUUAUUCUUUGUAAUAACAUUGUUAUUCUGAAGCUAACUGUGGAGGGGGCGUGGCCUGCAGCAACAGGUGCGUCGAUGGCCCACCUGGGCCUUGUUAUCUAAUCACCUGUCGCUCUGUUAUAAGCAGCAGCCAGGAGGAGAGACGGGGUUGGGGCUGGAAAUACAAUUGCUGGAAAACAACCGAGAUAUUUUUUGAAAAAUAAAACAAUAUUGUAACCCUGAAACAGGCUCUCAUGUCGGUGCUUGGGGUCUGAAGAACCCCCAGGAGGGCAAGCCCCACACUAACCAAUAAUAAAUAAAUAACUUCUUACCAUUGACGCAACUUUUUGAACAGGUGCGGCAGCAAAAAGGAUGGACGGAUUAAAAAUGCAUGAGAAUAAUUUAUAUUUUGAACAUUAUUUUUAACACUGUGAUUACAAGUGGAAUUAUUCACUACUGAUCGUGUUAAGCAACGUCAGCUCAGAUUUAUCUGAGAGCCAGAUGCAGUCUUCAAAAGAGCCACAUCUGGCUCUAGAGCCAUAGGUUCCCUACUCCUGUUCUAAACUAUCGUGACGAAUCUCUUGAGGCGGAAAGGUUUUUUUUUUUUUCCUGUGUGGGUUGCAUAAUCCCUCCCAUUGCAGGAUGUCAUUAAGCAGAAUGCUGAGAGAAUAGCCAUGAAGACUUUGGCCAAACUGGGGCUCCUGUUUUGCUACUUAAAAUGAAUUUAUUUUUGCUGUGCUAACUACUAAUCAAUAAAUUACCUUUUUUUUUGGUCUAUUUUUCCACACAGCACUUGGCCAAUAUAAUAAUAAUAAAAAAAAAGCAUUUGCUCCUGUUA